AUGUACAGGCUGGAGGGAGGAAGGCGGCGUCCUUCCGGCGAUGAUGCACAACGGAACCUUCCAUAUGCCCAGCAAACCUCCCUGCCAAGCAUACCACGCUCGUACAGCUUGUGUGGGCCAAUAUUGCGCAGUCCCACGGUGAGUUGCCGGGGUCUGGUACGCAACCCAAGGAGGAUCCACGUGGGGGACGAUAAGCAGAGUAUCACCAUGUGGCAAGCAACAUCAAGUGGAUCAGGUGAGCAGCAUCCGCUCGGAGAGACGUCCGAGAGAACGCAGUAA